AUUUCAAUCAUUGCACGUAGGGUAUUUAGAAUUGAGAAUACGCAUUGGAAGCUGUUUGGUAAGACCGCCAUGGGAAUUGUUGGUGAUCUCAGCUCGGAUCAACUCCAGUUCUUCGACUCACAUGGUUAUCUUGUGGUUGAAUCAUUCGCCAGUCCUGAUGAAAUUGAUGCCAUGAGAAAGAGAAUGGAGCAGUUGCUCGAUGAAUUUGACUGCUCCACUUCCUCUGUUUUCUCUACUGUAAAUCAGCAGCAGUUGACCGACGAUUAUUUCUUCGAAAGCGCUGAGAAUAUUUCCUUCUUUUUUGAGGAAAAAGCAUUUCAAGAGGAUGGAGACUUGAAACAAGCGAAGGAACUCUCAAUUAACAAAGUUGGUCAUGCAUUACAUGAGAUUGACCCAGUUUUCAAAAGCUUCUCCAGCUCUAAGAAGGUUUCAGGUUUAUUGUUGUCCUUGGGGUACAAGAAGCCGAUAGUCAUUCAGUCUAUGUACAUAUUUAAGCAACCAGGCAUUGGAGGUGAAGUUGUGCCUCACCAGGAUAACUCAUUUCUUUACACCGAACCAACUACAUGCACAGGGCUAUGGCUAGCACUUGAAGAUGCAAAUACAACGAACGGCUGUCUUUGGGCUAUUCCUGGAUCACAUAAAAAUGGACUUGUUAGAAGAUUUCUUAGAGGCGACAACGGGGUGUACUUUGAUCAGCCUUCUCCUGCUUACGAACAUAAAGAUUUCGUGCCUAUUGAAGUGAGAGCUGGAUCAUUGGUUGUUAUUCAUGGAGACCUUAUUCAUCAAAGCUUUGAGAAUCACUCUCCAAAAUCAAGACAUGCGUAUAGCCUACACGUGGUUGAUACAGAAGGUUGUGUAUGGGCUCCAGAUAAUUGGAUUAGAAGAAAAGUGCAGCCAGAGCCUCUUUAUGAAUCUUGAUUGAAUCUGGUUUGUUUCUUCACAAAGUUUACACCUGAUUGUUCAUAUGACAUAUGGGGUGACACAGUUGUUAUAAUGCAAUAAAUAGACGUGCUAAAGUUUCAUUAACUCAACUCUGUAAUCUUUGUAGCUUUUAAGAUAUUCCUCACAAUUGCUAAGGCUUAGGUUGUAUAACCAUCUUUAUCCUGUCUUGGAUGUAUUUGAUUUAGUUGUUUAUUUCAUACUGAUUAAGUUUCCUUUA